UGAGUAAAGACCCAGUUUAUUCAGGCAGAGUCGAGUUUUUCACUGAUAAACAGAAACACUUCUCCCUCAAACUGAGUGAUGUGAUGAAGAAGGAUGAACAUCAGUUCUGCUUCAGAAUCAAAACAAAUGAAGAAAAAGAAAGAUGGACAGGUGAACCUGGAGUUCAGCUCAGAGUUACAGAGCUCCAUGUAGAAGCUCCUGAAGAAGUGACAGAGGGACAAACAGCAGAUCUGACAUGUAAGACCACCUGCAGUCUGACUGACCCAUUCAUCUGGUACAAAAAUGGACGUCCUUUAACCACAAAGACCAUCAAGAACAACCAGCUCCACCUGCAGACGGUCAGCAGUGAGGAUGCAGGCAGUUAUAGCUGUGCUGUAGGAGGAUCUCAACACCUCCGCUCUACUGCUCACAGCCUCAGAGUCAGAUAUCUUCCAAAGAGGGUCUCAGUGUCCAUCAGUCCCUCUGGUGAAAUAGUGGAGGGCAGUUCAGUGACUCUGACCUGCAGCAGUGAUGGAAACCCACCUGUGAAGAUCUACACCUGGUUUAAGGGAUCAAAACCAGUAGGAGAAGGAAAAACCUACAGCAUUCCUAACAUCAGAUCUGAGGACAGUGGAGAAUACACAUGCCAGAGUCAGAAUGAUCAUGGAGAGAGAAGAUCCACUGCUGUGCAGAUUAAUGUUCUUUAUCCUCCAAAGAGGGCCUCAGUGUCCAUCGGUCCCUCUGGUGAAAUAGUGGAGGGCAGUUCAGUGACUCUGACCUGCAGCAGUGAUGGAAACCCACCUGUGAAGAUCUACACCUGGUUUAAGGGAUCAACAUCAGUAGGAGAAGGAAAAAUCUACAGCAUUCCCAACAUCAGAUCUGAGGACAGUGGAGAAUACACAUGCCAGAGUCAGAAUCAUCAUGGAGAGAGAAGAUCCACUGCUGUGCAGAUUAAUGUUCUUUAUCCUCCAAAGAGGGUCUCAGUGUCCAUCAGUCCCUCUGCUGAUAUAGUGGAGGGCAGUUCAGUGACUCUGACCUGCAGGAGUGAUGGAAACCCACCUGUGAAGAUCUUCUCCUGGUUUAAGGGACCAACAUCAGUAGGAGAAGGAAAAAUCUACAGCAUUCCCAACAUCAGAUCUGAGGACAGUGGAGAAUACACAUGCCAGAGUCAGAAUCAUCAUGGAGAGAGAAGAUCCACUGCUGUGCAGAUUAAUCUUCUUUAUCCUCCAAAGAGGGUCUCAGUGUCCAUCAGUCCCUCUAGAGAAAUAGUGGAGGGCAGUUCAGUGACUCUGACCUGCAGCAGUGAUGGAAGCCCACCUGUGAAGAUCUUCUCCUGGUUUAAGGGAUCAACAUCAGUAGGAGAAGGAAAAACCUACAGCAUUCCUAACAUCAGAUCUGAGGACAGUGGAGAAUACACAUGCCAGAGUCAGAAUGAUCAUGGAGAGAGAAGAUCCACUGCUGUGCAGAUUAAUGUUCUUUAUCCUCCAAAGAGGGUCUCAGUGUCCAUCAGUCCCUCUAGAGAAAUAGUGGAGGGCAGUUCAGUGACUCUGACCUGCAGCAGUGAUGGAAGCCCACCUGUGAAGAUCUUCUCCUGGUUUAAGGGAUCAACAUCAUGUAGCAGUGAUGGAAACCCACCUGUGAAGAUCUACACCUGGUUUAAAGAAGGUGAAACCUCACCUGUAGGCUCUGGACAGAGUUACAGCAUCAUCAACAUCACUGCUGACCACACUGGACUGUACUACUGUGAAGCUCAGAAUGAUCAUGGAGCUCUGAAUGGAACUGUGAUGGUCACUGUUAAGAGUCAGAGUUGGUCUGCAGUCUGGUUUGCAGUGGGAGGAGGAGCUUUUCUCCUUAUUACUGUCCUAAUCUGCAUCUGCUGGAUCUCCAGGAAGAAAAGAUCUUCAGAUACACAUGACGAUGAGAAUGCUGACCCUAAUGCUCAGGACGACACGUACACAGCUCUUCAGCCCACAGCCAGGUCCUCUGAUGAUGUGUACCACACACUUGCAGCUAUUCAGUCCAGCUCUCUUGAAGACACAUACGCAGCUUUGGACCCUCAGUCCAGCUCUCUUGAUGACACGUACACAGCUCUGGAUCCUUGGUGCAGGUCUCCUGAGUACGAAAAUCUACCAGUGAGUUCUACACAUUAAACUGUGAUCCUCAGUAACAGAGAAGGUGAUAAACUCCAUGUACAGUGGAUUUGAAUGUCUGAGUCUGUAUCAGUUCUUCUUCUACAAAACAUGAUGAUCUCUCUACUUUAGCUUUUAAACUCGGCUCCUGCCAAGAUGUGUUAUGGAAACUGUAUUAAUUCCAUGUAUUUGCUUUAUUGCUUGCAGAGUGUAAGACUAUGUACAGGCCAAAAGUCAUGGGCAAAACACCCUGUCCUCUGACUGAUAGACGAGCUUAGCUGCCUAGAUACAUAAAGCAGGAUCCUCAUAUAGCGAUUGACCUCGGUCACCUGUCCUACACCCCCAGAACUUCUGCUUUCAUAAGAUAUUCAGUCAGGGCAGCACUGGUCAUGCAUGUACAGCCUGACCAGAAGAUGCUGCAUGUCUUCAUAACCUGCUGAAGACUGAUAACAACAGCGGUCAAACCUCCCCUUAUUUGGUAUCUCGUCAACACCUAGUUUAGGGUAUAAAGCCCUCUGUAAGGGUGACCGCCUCAGAGUGCACUCUCAUCUCUUCACUCUCUGGUCUGUCACACUUUCAUUUCCUAAAUAAAUACUAUCACUUAUUCAACACCUGUCAUUUGUUCUGCUGUCACGAUUUCCAUGACAGACACAAA